UGGAUCAUCAUCACCAUCAUCAUCACCUUGGACGACAAAUCCACAUGCCAUUACAUGAGUUUGCAAACACUCUGAGCCAUGGCUCAAUGCAUCUACCUCAGCUCUUUAGCCCUGACUCAGCUGCAGCGACGGCUGCGGCAGCAGCAACCCAACCGUUUGUGUCGUCAAUCAACACUACGGACAUUGAAUGUUCACAGAAUCUACUGAGGCUGACUUCUAACAACAACUAUGGUGGAGACUGGUCGUUUCUGGACAAGCUUCUCACUACAACCAACAUGAAUCAGCAACAACAGCAGCAAGUGCAGAACCAUCAAGCAAAAUGUUUUGGUGACUUGAGUAACAACGAUAAUAACGAUCAGGCUGUUACUCAUGAUCAUUUGGGUAACAACAUUGGUGGUUCUUCGUCAUCUCCGGUUAAUCAAAGGUUUCCGUUUCACUACUUGGGAAACGAUGCUAACCUUCUCAAGUUCCCAAAGUAGAUCAAUCAGAUUUGAUUGAUCUCAUGUUUUUCGAUUUGAUUCUCUUUUUUUAGCUGUGGAACUUGACACAGCAACCAACUCACAGUUUGAGGAAUCUGUUUGUCUUUUCUAUUUAUAGUUCUGUCUUCCAUUUAUGAUCUUAUGUUCUGUCUCUCCGGGGACUAAUACCUCAUCAU